CGGGCCUCGAUCUGAGCGUGUUUACAAACCCAUUCUCCUCUUACAGGACCUCUUUGUUUUGACGGCUUUCAGACGUGAAUAUCGAAGAACAUCAAGCCUCGAGUAUCGACUGAUCGCCGCUAUUGCACGCGUAGUGCCACGCUACGUAGCCGAAUUGAUUGUUGAUUGGCGCUCCCUCAACGCCCCCUCCACCAUGUCUGCCCCCGCUCAGGAACAGCAGCAAGACGCUGCGCCUGCUGCCGCUGCCGCCGACGCAGCCAGACAGAGCAUUGCGGCUGAUGAUAACUUGGCCUGCCAAUGGGACAAGUGCUCCGAACGAUGCACCUCCGCUGAGGCUCUCUUUGACCAUAUCUGUGAGAAGCACGUCGGACGAAAGAGCACAAACAACCUGAACUUGACCUGUGGAUGGAACUCCUGCCGCACUACCACUGUCAAACGUGACCACAUCACUUCUCACAUCCGCGUCCAUGUCCCAUUGAAGCCUCACAAAUGUGACUUCUGUGGAAAGGCAUUCAAGCGUCCACAGGACUUGAAGAAGCAUGUCAAGACACACGCCGAUGACUCCGUUCUCCUUCGCUCCCCUGAACAGCACGGACACCCUGGCCAGGGCUCCGGAUACAGAGGUGGCAAAGUGAUUGCUGACCUGCAAAACCUUGCAGCAAAUGGUGGCGGCUACUAUGAUCAAAGUACCCAUAUGCACCCUAGUGGUGGCGGCGGCUAUGCCACUUCCCACCACCAAACCCAUCCCGGCUACUAUGCUCCUCAGCAGCAACCUUCCUACGGCCCCGUCUAUUACCCUGUCAGCCAUGGUGGUGAAGUUGGCCAACAUGCUGCGUUCGAUUCCAGAAAGCGUAACUACGAUGCCUUGAACGAUUUCUUUGGCGACCUCAAACGCAACCGUAUUGAUGCUUCUUCCUACCAACAAGUCGGACAACGAUUGGUUGCUCUGCAAAACAUUCCCAUCCAUGGCGGCGCUAUUCCGACCGAUUACAUUUCCGCCGGGCCUUCUCUGGUUUCUGUCGAUGGCCACGGACAUGGCGGCGGCGGCGGUGGUGGUCACCACGGUCACAUGCCUCAACACCAAUAUGCUCUGCCACUGCCAAACUUGAGGACCAAGAAUGACUUGAUGAACAUCGACCAGUUCUUGGAGCAGAUGCAAGCCACUGUGUAUGAGAGCUCCAACGCGGCUGCAGCUGCUGGCAUUCAACAACCGGGUGCUCACUACACACACUCAGCCAUCAACUUCCGCCAAAGCCACUCUCCACCACAGACAGCCAUCAACAAUCUCAACCACUUGAACAAUCAUGUCUCUGGAGCUCCUAUGAUGGCAACCCACUCCGCGCAAUCUACGUCUUCGGGCACUCCAGCAUUGACGCCGCCUUCAAGCUCGGUCUCUUACACUUCUGGUCACUCUCCUGUUUCUUCCCACGGAAUGUCCCCGACACAAAGACACAGCUCCACUACCUCAGCAGCAUAUCCAAGUCUUCCCGCUGUCUCAAUGGGCUACGCGCCUCACUCCACAACCGCACCAACCUCCACCCUUGGGCCCAGCUUCGAUAGCGAUCCCCGCCGCCGCUACUCAGGAGGCAUGCUCCAACGAAGUGCUAACCCACCCCGUAGCACCGACAUGAUGGAUGUUUCGGAUGACUCUGCUACCCCGUCACCAAAGGAUGCUACUCCCCAACCGAUGACCGUCCGGUCCGAGGUUUCAAACAACAUCGACCCCGCGCUCUCUGGCGUCAGCUCCCCAGGUGCCCACUCCGAGAGUGGUGAUUCUGCGCGCGAUCGUGCUGAGGAGGCCUGGAUCGAGAACAUCCGCCUCAUCGAGGCCCUCCGCAAGUUCAUUUCCGCCAAGCUUGAGCGUAAGGAGUAUGAAGACGACGAGGAUACCUCGAUGGGUGGUACUGAGGAGAAGACCAAUACACACAAGAGCUCCGAGAAUUUGUAUCCUACUCUCCGGGCUGAUGACGACUAG